UAAUCACCAGUCUCUGAUCCUUAAAAUUCAUUUUUAUUUAUUUUAAUUUUGAUUUUUAAUAUUUUUAUUUUUUAAAAAAUAAUUUGCAGGUUUAUACUAGGAUUUGUUUAUCCUGCUUUUGAAUGCUUUAAAAUUGUGGAGAUGAACAAGCCUGAUGUUGAACAGCUUCGUUUUUGGUGCAAAUACUGGAUCUUAGUGGUUGUUUUGACAGUUGUUGAAAAGAUUACCCUUUUCUUGAACACAUGGUUUCCGAUCUACGGCGGAGCUAAGCUUGCAUUGUUCGUAUAUUUGUGUUCCCGAAGAACUAAAGUCCGUACUCUAAUGCUUUUUUCGAUAAUCAUCGUCGUUAUUGAUUUCAGUCAUUUUUUCUUCAUCCUAAAUAAAAUUAAAUAUUUUUUUUGUUUGCAGGUAACGACGCAUGCUUACGAGUUCUUUAGAACUCACGUUGGCAAGCACGAGCCAUUGGUUAAUCAUGUUCUAUUAGAACUCAAGACAAGAGGUGCCGAGAAGUUACUUUUCUACCGUAAGAAGACUAGAAUUGACGAGAAGAUACGACGGUAUGUUAUUCCUUCUAAUGAUACAAACGUACGAAAUGGAUCGUCAGAAGACAAAGACGUUUCAACGGCCUCCAAUGAACAAACAAUACCAACAACUACCAAUCUCGCUCGAAUAAAUUUGCAAAACGAAACAAACGAAGAAGCCUUUAACCACGAAGAAAUAGGCAAAAGUAUUAAGCCAUUAGUAGGUAAGCCGAUUUAUAACGCUAGUACUACUUUCUUCACUAGUCGGUCGAAACAAGUGUCGGGUUUUUUCACAAGUAUUAAUAGACGAACGAAGAACUAUCCGCACUCGCCACAACCCUUCACGAAAAGAAGGACCGUGGUAUGGUAUCUAUUGGCUAUGGUAUCAUGGGUAUAUGCUUCCACCUUAGUACUCCCUCUAGAAACGAUAGAGAAACCGGGCUUUUUCAAGGACUAUUUAUUUGGGAUUGUCGGGAUAAUGUUGGUUAACGACGCCUAUGGUUUAUUUAUGAUGUUCUUAUCAUUCUCCGACAAAAGCAAGCACUUCAAACUUCCCCUGUUUGGAAAAUGGAUGUUCGAGAUUGCGUUCGUGCUCGUUUGUUUUGGGUUAGCCCACCUUGUGGAGGGGUCUCGGGGAAUGGUUUUUGGUUUUUUAAUUUGUUUUAAUUUAAUUCCGGUGAUUAAUAUUUUUGGGGCGUCCGAAAUAUUUAGCUUUUAUGAUUGCGCGGUGGCUCUGUUGAUCGGGGUGUCUGCGCAUUUGAGUCGGGAUUUAGUAUACGUUCCGCAUGCUGCCGUUACUUGUGGGGCCGUAGUUCUAUUAGUUAAACGGGACAAUUCAAAAGAUAAGUGUGAUUAGAGAGUAUUAUGUAAUAGAGGUGUACGAUUUAAUUUGGCUUAAGAAGAAAGCUUGUUUUUGUUUCUUUUUAACUUAGAUUGUUAAAAAUUCGAGGCAAGUAUUUCUAACUUAUAAGUUUGCUUGUUAGUUUUAGUAUAUGCAGC